GCGCAGGCGCAGAGCCGCCGGCCCCGCCCCCUCGCCGCCGAGCCCGGUUCCCCCGCGCGCGACACGCGCCGGCCGCUCGAUGGCGGACCCCGAGCUGCAGCUGGUGGCGCGGCGCAUCCGCAGCUUCCCGGACUUCCCCGUCCCGGGGGUGCUGUUCAGGGACAUCUCGCCGCUCCUGAAGGACCCCGCCGCCUUCCGCGCGUCCAUCGGCCUCCUGGCGCGCCACCUGAGACAGACGCACGGCGGCGACAUCGACUACGUCGUGGGCCUGGACUCCCGAGGCUUUCUGUUCGGCCCAUCCCUGGCCCAGGAGCUUGGCUUGGGCUGCGUGCUCGUCCGAAAACGAGGGAAGCUGCCCGGCCCCACUGUGUCUGCCUCAUACACCCUGGAGUAUGGCAAGGCGGAGCUGGAAAUCCAGAGAGACGCCUUGGAGCCAGGGCAGAAGGUGGUCGUCGUGGACGAUCUGCUGGCCACUGGCGGAACCAUGCGGGCAGCCUGUGAGCUGCUGAGCCGGCUGCAGGCUGAGGUGCUGGAGUGCGUGAGCCUGGUGGAGCUGACGUCGCUGAAGGGCAGGGAGAAGCUGGCUCCGGUGCCCUUCUUUUCUCUCCUGCAGUUCGAGUGACAGCGCCGCGGCCGCCAGGGGGCACCGGCCAUCGGCCUGGACUUUUUUUUUUUAACGGUUUUGUGCAUGCAGUUGCCUUUUCAAAGUGCCUAGGCCGUGGUCUCGGUCCUUCCUGCGGGCUCUGGAUCUGGAGGUGCCAAGGCCUGGAGCUAGCAGUUCAGGCCAGGGCCCAGCCCCCUGCAGGUGCACUUAACAGACAGACGUGAAUAAACUGCUUUGUUAGA